CGGUAAAUGAAGAAAAAGAUAAAAUAAAAGUCGACGAAGUUGGGCCGUCACGGCCUUCGAAAAGCCACACUUCCCGAUUCUUCCGUUCUAUAUAAAUCAUUCACUUCUCCACCAACCCUCUCGUAGUCUCCGCCUCCACCUACCUUCUCUGUCUCUCCCUCUCCAUAAAAUAAAAUGGCAACCGUUCAAGUUUCUACCACUAGCAUGACCACCACCAAGGCGGUUCUUAGAAGCCAGCCCACCAACAAGCUCACCACUAACAGAGUCUCCGUUGGAUCAGUCAAUAAAGUCUCGAGAUCCUUUGGCUUGAAAUGCUCAGCCAGCUCUGGUGGUGCCACCAUGUCAGCAGUAUACAAGGUCAAGCUCAUCGGACCCGAUGGCCAAGAAAACGAGUUUGAUGUCCCUGACGACCAAUACAUAUUGGAUGCUGCUGAAGAAGCUGGAGUUGACUUGCCUUACUCUUGCAGAGCCGGUGCCUGUUCCACCUGCGCCGGUAAGAUCGAGAAAGGUCAAGUUGACCAGUCUGAUGGUUCGUUUCUUGAGGAUCAUCACUUUGAGAAAGGUUAUGUCUUGACUUGUGUGGCUUACCCGCAGUCUGACCUUGUGAUCCAUACCCACAAAGAAGAGGAACUCUUCUAAGCCUGGUCUCUCUCUAUUUGGUGGUAAUGAUGCAAAUUGUUGUUUUCGUGUUUUUAUUAUCAAGUUUCAAAAGGGGUAUAUGCUUUUGUAUGAAAACGUCUCCUGAUAUGCCUUUUUUAGUGUUCAUCAAUCGUCACUGUGUUGCAACUGGUUAAUAAAAGAGUUUAUGGCUUCUCGUCUCA